AUGGACAACGCGCGCACACCGUACGCCGAACUGGCGAAAAACUUCGCCGUCAGCCCCGGCACCAUUUCAUGUGCGGGUAGAGAAGAUGAAACAGGCCGGAUCAUCACCGGCGCGCGCUCGAUCGUCAGCCCCAAACAGCUGGGCUAUGACGUGUGCUGCUUUAUCGGCAUCAUAUUAAAGAGCGCCAAAGACUAUCCUUCGGCGCUGAAGAAGCUGGAAAGCCUGGAAGAAGUGGUGGAAGCCUAUUACACCACCGGCCCUACAGCGUCUUUAUCAAGGUGUUGCCGAUCGAUCGACGCGCGGCAACAGGUACUUAUCAACAAGAUCCAGACCAUCGACGAGAUCCAGUCUACCGAAACGCUGAUCUCGCUGCAGAACCCCAUUAGCGCACCAUCGUGCCGUACCCGCCAAAUUGCAUACCACCACAUGAUCCACAGGUAUAUCCCAGCCGAUUCACAGCGUACAAUGCAGCCACUUUGA